CAUGUGGAUGUGUCUGUCCCUGGCUUCCACUCCGCCAAAUGCAUCUGGGGAAGUAGAAUGAGGUCUACGAAAAACUGAUGCUGUCAACUUCUUUAUUUCAGUUUGCUCCAAAGGUGCUCUAUGUACUGAUUUUAAAAUGGGGUCGGCGAUGAGGCCCCCCCGCUCCUGACUCGGGAUCGGAAUGGAAAUGGAAUUUGUGGGUCAUCCAUCCAUCCAUCCAUCCAUCCAUCCAUCCUUCCAUCUGCAGGUAUAAAGACGGGGAGGAUCACAUGGGGGAGCACCGGGAUGAUGAGAAAGAGCUGGUCCCUGGCAGCCCCAUCGCCUCGGUCUCCUUCGGGGCCCGCAGGGACUUGGUCUUCCGGCACAGCACCUCCCGCGGCAAGCGUCCAUCCUGUGGCAUGGAGCCCCUCCGGCUGGCGCUGGAUCAUGGCAGCCUCCUGGUGAUGAACCACCCCACCAACCACUUCUGGCACCACAGUUUGCCCAGGCGCAAGAGGGUCCUGGCCCCGAGGGUCAACCUGACCUUUCGGAAAGUGAGGGCGCUCUAGAGCCUGCCCUUCGAGUGUCUUCUCUGCCUCAGGAUGCGGUCCCUGCAGCAAUGUUGGAUGCGAGGUCCUUGAGUGCAUGGGCAGCCAUCUUGCCUGCAUCGACGCUCCGGAUCGCCUGCACUCUGGGGAGGACCUCAUCCUUGUGGACUACCAUUGGAUCCGUUUCCCUCACAGUC